AUGGAUACAGAAUCAACAUAUUCGGGAUACUCCCACUACUCAGGUCACUCCAAAAAAGCUCACAGACAAGGGCAGAGGAGUCGGGACAGACACAAAUCACCACGAAGCAAAGAUGGCAGUCGAUCUGAGAAGUCCGUCACUAUCCAGACACCUCCUGCAGAGCCACUGCUUGGGAAUGAUGCCUCUCGGGCAGAGGAGGGCCAGGAUGACAACUGGGGUGAGACCACAACAGCAAUCACAGGCACCUCUGAGCACAGUAUUUCCCAGGAGGACAUUGCCCGUAUCAGUAAGGAUCUGGAGGACAGCGUUGGGCUGGACUGCAAACGUUACCUGGGCUUAACAGUGGCAGCUGUUCUCGGACUCCUGGUCUUCCUUACCCCCAUCGCCUUCAUUCUGUUGCCCCAGAUCCUGUGGCGAGAUGAUCUGGAGCCAUGUGGUACUGUCUGUGAGGGACUGUUCAUCUCUGUGGCAUUUAAACUCCUCAUUCUUCUGAUUGGGACCUGGGCUCUUUUUUUCCGCCAACCCAAGGCAGAUAUACCAAGGGUGUUUGUGUUUCGGGCCCUUCUGUUGGUCCUUAUAUUCCUCUUUGUGUUUUCCUACUGGCUCUUUUAUGGCGUUCGCAUCUUGGACUCGAAGGACACCAACUACCAAGGAAUAGUGCAGUAUGCAGUGUCUCUGGUGGAUGCUCUCCUCUUCAUUCACUACUUGGCCAUUGUGCUGCUAGAGCUGCGGCAGCUGCAGCCCAUGUUCACUGUCAAGGUAGUUCGGUCAACAGAUGGAGAGUCACGAUACUACAGCUUGGGACACCUGAGACUUUGUAGAGCAGCUCUNGUGGUUCUGGAAAAUUACUACCGAGAUUUCACAGUCUACAACCCAGCCUUGUUAACAGCCUCCAAAUCCCGAGCAGCCAAGCACAUGGCUGGCCUGAAAGUCUACAAUGUUGAUGGCCCAGGGAACAACGCAUCGGGGCAGUCACGUGCCAUGAUUGCAGCUGCAGCCCGUCGCAGGGACUCCAGCCACAACGAGCUCUACUAUGAAGAGGCUGACCACGAGCGCCGAGUGAAAAAACGCCGCGCAAGGCUCGUGGUUGCGGUAGAGGAGGCUUUCACUCACAUCAAACGCCUCCAGGCAGAGGAACAGCAGAAAGCUCCAGCAGAGAUGAUGGACCCCCGAGAAGCAGCCCAGGCAAUCUUCCCCUCCAUGGCAAGAGCAUUGCAGAAGUACCUUCGUACCACCCGGCAGCAACAGUACCACAGCAUGGAGAGCAUCUUGCAACACUUGUCCUUCUGCAUCACCAACAACAUGACACCAAAGCGUUCCCUCAACCCGGGCCCAACCCUCCAGUAUGACAGGGAUCGCUGGUUCUCCAAGCAGUGGACGCUGGUCAGCGAGGAAGCAGUCACAAGCGGGUUACAAGACGGCAUCGUGUUUGUCCUCAAGUGCUUGGACUUCAGCCUUGUUGUUAAUGUGAAAAAAAUCCCCUUCAUCAAACUCUCAGAAGAGUUCAUAGACCCUAAAUCUCAUAAAUUUGUCCUCCGCUUACAGUCUGAGACUUCAGUCUAA